AUGGCGGUUCGGGAACAAGUACAGUUAUGCUGUUAUAAUCCAUUUCGUGCUAGAUACCGCAUUAUCCAAGAAGUGGAUCCGAAUACUAGAACAGUCACCCUGGAUCAUCUGAGACCCGGAGUCGAGUAUCAGCUUCAUCUGACAGCCAUUUCCACUACAGGAUCAAACAUCAGUAGCCCAGUAAUAUCGUUCGUUGCCCCAGAUGUCCAAAAUGAAAGUACGAGAGAAAAAGAAUCUUACGUGGAAGUCAACAAUUUUUUAGUGAGAGAAGAAGAAGUUGUUAUUGUUGUAAUUGUGUUGAUAGUGUGGGUAGCGGUCAUCAUACUAUUCUUCAACAAAUGGGGUAAAAUAAGGAUGUUAGAACCUUAUCAGCCGGCGUACAGAAGUCAAACUUACACUGCAGUUUUGCAAAAACAGCAGAGGGUGCCCGAUUUGAAUCCUCCAGAAAAAACUUUGCAGAGAUUCACGUCCUUUCCUACGUACAGUAAUCACAGGUUUCGUCCUCGUCAAAAUUCGGUGUUUGUUACGAGUCCAUCCAAUAGCAACCCCAUCAUGCACCAGAUUGGGAUGCCCAGGAAGGUGAAAAGUGCCGAAGAUAUUCAAUCGCUAGUGGUACAAAUCAACUGCAACGACAUUCAGUCGACUGCGCUUUGAGUGAUUCCAUCCAUUAAGAGUUAAGUCUGAGUUACAUUAACGCCUCGCAUUCUGCUAUUUAUAACAAUAAAAAAAAGAAAGAAAGAAAGAAAGAUUUGAUAAAGUAUCAAAGGAGAAGAAUAAGCGCCGGUUAUUGAUUCAAUCAGGAAGCAAGACUAUUAAAAAUUCUUCUUUAAUUUUCCAAUUAUUCCAAUCAUUUAUUCCAUUAAUUCAUAUCUUUUUGUACUUCCCCAGAAUAUUAAUAAUUGAAAUGAUGUGCCGCACAAUGAUUUCCUAAAUUUCCAAUAUCCUAAACUAUGUAUUUUGCAUUCCACGGAUAUCAGAUUUGACAUUUCACUAGAUACAAUGAAAUGACAGAAUUUCAUCAGGAGGUGUCAAAAUGUCAAACUUAUCCAGGGUUUUUCUUAUUAUUUUCUAAAUAAGAAUACUGUUUUUUUUUUUUCUUUUGGUCUUCCGUAUGCCUCUGAUUUUUCCCCUAUUUUAUUCAUAUCUGUUGUGAAUUUAGGGAAUUUUGUUUACAUCCUUAAGUUGGCAAGGCCUUACAUAAAUGAAAAUAUCUGAAGAUAUUCUAGUCUAGGGCCGAGAAGAACAAAAAGUGUACGAGCGAACCAAACCUAUUGUGCCAUUAUCUCCCAUUGAUCAUCUUCGAAGUUGUGUGCGGAUUUUAAGAAAUGAAGGUCCUCUGCCCAUACAAAAUGGAAAAAAAAAAGCAAUAGCAGCUUUCUUUAAUAUUGCCUCACGUGUACAGAAUCAGCUAAACAAUAAAUCGGAAGAUAUUCUUCCAUAUUUUGCAGAUUUCUUAGAUAUUUUGCUGAAAACCGGUCCACUUUUGCAGUUGCCUAUAUAUUUGUAGUUUUGCAUUUUUAUUCUACGUUGAAAUAUAUUAUAAAAAAAUUUUAUAAUAGUGUACAAAAUGUUGAAUUUUAGCUAAUGAACAUUAAUAAUAGAAGGUAGAGCGUGAAUAUAUCUAAACAUAAAUUUAAACUUUGCAAAAGAGGAAAAAAUUCAACUAAGAAUUGGAAA